AUGCUGCUCGCCCACAUAGAAGCGAACUCAGUGGACCGUCGAGUCACCCGCUUCGGAGUCAAGCGACUUGAAGGUCUAGAGUUUCAGAACGCAUGGUGCCCAACAACAUUUGGUGGUGUAGUUCGAGAGACGCUUCGGGAGCUUGAUGCAAAAGGUGCCACCAACCAGCUCUUCGCAUGGCACGCCAACAUUUUCGAUGGCUUGGACGUGGGCACCAGGCUCCGCUCCUCGGGUCUCCUCUCCGAGCCCCGCCGUGCGGAGCCUGCUGGAGGCGCCGUACCCGAAGCGUUUGGAGUCGCGGCGGCCUUGACGCCCAGUGGGCCACAGGUGCCAUCCGCGGUGACCCCGGGCGGAGUGGUGAAGCUUGACUUGGACAGUGCCCGACACUCGCAGAUCUCAGGCGCCAGCCCGGCCUCUGCGUCGACGGCCCGGGCAUCGCCCAACGCCCCGCGCCCUGCGCGGUCCAGAUCCAGCCUCUCCGCGGGUUCAGAGAAGUCUCCGGGCUCGCGGUUGAACUUCACCGAGAAGGCUCAGAGAGAUUUGGUGGAACUCAUGAGGAGCAAAGAUAAGCUCCGCGCCUAUGCCGAGCGGCCCUUCAAAGAUGUACCUGGCCGAAGUUUGCUUGCUGGGGACCGCUUGUGCUUUGAGGACUUUCAGCAGGCCCUCAAAGACUUACUCCAGGAGUUGCACAUCAGUGUGCCAGCAGACAAACAGAUGCAGGCCCUCUUUGACAAGCACCGGGGGAGCCACGAAGGUGUGAGCUCUGAAGACUUCGAAGCCCUGCUGUUUCGCUUGUUGUGCUUUUUAAGAGCCUCGGAGGAAGUCCGUGUGAACUUUGGAGCUGAACUUCGCUCUUGCUCCGAGGAACGCGACAAGCGAUGGCGGCAGGAAUUUAUUCAGAAGAAUUCGCAGAAGUUUAACGAAGUUUAUGAGGUCCAGAAACAACUCGGCAAAGGCUCUUUUGGUACGGUGUAUUUGGUCUCGCACAGGACACAGGUAGACCAAAACAAGGCGAAGCGCGUUCGAGUCUGCAAGAUGAUCAGCAAAGUGAAGGCGAAGGAGGCGAAGACAUCGGAAGCGAAGGUUCGGGAAGAGUUUGCAGUGCUGAAGCAACUGGAUCAUCCGCAUGUCCUCAGAAUAUUUGAGGACUUUGAGGAUGAGAAGUACUUCUACUUGGUGAUGGAACAGUGCAAAGGUGGCGAUCUGGCCCAGUAUGUGAAGUCUUUAGAGCCGAUGGACGCCCAGUCCUAUGAGUUCUGGGUGGGCAAGGUCAUGCAGCACACGCUCUCGGCGAUCGCCUACUGUCACUCCAAGGCAGUAAUUCACAAGGAUCUCAAGCCUGAGAAUGUGAUGCUCUCCACCACUCGGGACACGCCCGUCGCCGAGAUGCAUGUGGUGGUCGUGGACUUCGGCCUUGCUGAGGUCUUUGCUCGCUCCACUGACCGGAGCGACGUGGUGUCGGGGACUCCGCCUUACAUGGCCCCGGAGGUAUGGCAAGGGAAUUUCAGCAAGAGUUGCGACGUGUGGUCAGCUGGCUGCAUGCUUUUCUUCCUGCUCUCUGGGCGACUUCCCUUCGUGGCUGCCACACUCAAGGAGUUCCCCAAGGCGUUGCGCCAAGAGCCCGACUGGGCUGCAAUGGGUGGAGCUACCCACGAGGCUCAACAGAUUUGCAGGCAGAUGCUUCAAAAGAAGGAGCAUCAACGGCCAACCGCACAGAGCUGCCUCAAGGAUAGGUGGUUUGUACAAAUGGGCCUCGCAGGGCAUAGCAACCCGGCUGGUGUCUUGCAUGAGGAUCAGCUCCGGAGCUUGCUGGCCGUCGGCCAGCGAUCGGAGUUCGAGAAAUUCGUGACCCGCUUCGUUGCAACGCAAUUGGACGCCAGUCAGCAGACAAAAGUCAAUGAGGCCUUCAAGGCCUUUGACUCAGAUGGCGAUGGGCAGCUCUCGGCCGAGGAGCUCAGGCCCCAAACGGCCACUCCUCGCGUGGCCAAGAGGGUCCGGUCUGUGGGCUGUGAGGUGCAGCACACUAAGCACGGCCGACUUCGUGGUAAGGGGACAGACCAGAUCGUCCUGGUCGCCUGGGCUUUGCUGGCAGCGAUCUGUGCGCCCUUCGCCCUGCGUCUGGUGGACCACUGCAAGUUCACCUUUGAGCCAGUGAAGGGCACACAGACUUAUGAGGCACAGGCCGUCUUCAUGCGCGAGUUCCCCGAGAACGUGAAUCAGGAUGUGGAGCUGAUCCUCAUCUCCUGUGAAAGCUGCUCACAGAUCGCCCGGGAACAUUUCGCAGCCAGGGCGGUGCAACAGCUCCGCUCGCUGUGCAGCUCCUUGGACACACGGCAUCCCGACACCUUGCACAACUGGACCGACCACUUGCAAUUCUUGAGCUCGGCGCCGGCGCGCUUGGGCGUGCCGAGCCCCUUUCUCUCGGCAUCGAACCGGACGAUGCUCUUCCAACUCAGCUGGACCGUCGGGCCCAAGCAGCAUGAGGUCAUUGGGAUGCUGAGCGAGGUGCGCCAGAAGGUCCACGAUCUUCAGAACGAGGCGCCCAGUGGCUUCUCCAUCCGCCUGGCGGGGCAGCUGGCGCUGUUUACCGACACCUUGACCUCCACCAGGCAAGACAUUGAAAAGAAGGACAUUGUGGUGAUGCCCUUUGCUCUGCUGGUCUUGGCCUCUAGGGUGGGCUCCUUGCGCCUCAUGUUGAUUCCCAUUUGCUGUUUGAUUUGCAGCUUAUCUUCAGCGCUGGGUCUUUUCCUGCCCUUCGCGGUCUAUGUGGUGGAUAUCUCCCCCUUGGCACCCAGCACGAUGGUUUUCCUGGGAAUCGCAUUGGCCAUUGACUAUUCUCUUUUCAUGUUGACGCGCUACAUGGAAGAGGCAGAAUCAGGCGCUUCCACGGAGUUGGCCUUGAAGUCGACGAUGCGGCAGAGUGGACACGUCGUGAUGAUCAGCGCAUCGGUGCUGAUCAUUUGCUACGUGGGUGUGCUCUUCUACCCAAGUGGUGGCAUUGCCACGAUCGGCCUGGGAGCUUCAUUGACGGUCUUUCUUUGUGCCUUGUCGAACCUUACCCUCACACCUGCGCUGACCACGGCGCUCCCAAGCCUCUUUGGCGCCGAAAACCUCCGCCUCCGCGCCUCGCGCCGAAGCCAGUCCUCCUGCGGUCGUCGCUGCAACUGCCGUGGGAGCGGGAAGUGCUGGCCGCGCGUGGCGAAGGUGGUGACCAAGCAGCCAGGCGUGUAUUUGAUACCCAUCGUUUGCUUGGCCUUUCUACUGCCAGCGUGUGCGGUCCUUCUUCAUUACCAUGAGAGCUUCGCCAACACCUUGACCUUUCCGGGGAAGUCGGACACCAGCUUGGCCUAUCACCAGCUCAUCAGCGAAUUCCCCGCGGGCAAGUUGAGCCCUCAGUAUGUCAUCAUCCCAGCCAGUGGCAAUGAGACGGUGAGGAGUGAUGAAUAUUUCAACUUCAGUUGUCACAUUGCCAACUCCCUGCUGCAAGAGCUCUCGGGGGAUCCCUUUUACUUGAAGGCGUCCGAUUUCCUCUCGCCUGCGUUGCUCCCCUCGUCCGCCGGUGGCAGCGGUGCCACAGUGCAAUGCCUGAACUGGCGCUCCAACGUCACGGAUGCCUUGCACCCCUUCGGCCCGCUGACGGCGGAACGUCUGCUGGAGCUGCCGGGCGACAUCGGUGAGACCUACCGGGAACAGUGGCAGAAGCUGGUGAGUUCCCGGACUGGAGAACAUUCCUCCAUCCUCAUGCUGACAGUGCCUUUUGACCCGUUCAGCGACACAUUGUGGCCCUUCGUGCUGGCUGCCCGCCACGCGCUCGAGGGUGCUACAGCUGACUUGGACCGGGACGACGCGAGCAGCUCUUCGGUGCUGCUCUUCGGCACCCUGACGGUGGUCUUCGACAUCGUCCAGGUGACCUACCGCCGAUUGCCCUACAUCGUUUGCGGCACCGUUCUGUGCGUCUUCUCGCUGAUCGCGUACGCCUUCCGUGCCGCCCUGGCGCCGGUGAAGAUGUUGAUCACAGUGGUGGUGCCCUUGGCCGCGGUCUUCGGCGUGGCCGUGUGGGUCUACCAAUUCGGAGCUUUCAAUUGGCUCCCCGGAGGUCCUGGGAACAAUCCUUUCACUAGUCCUCCGGGCGGCGGCUUUUACUGGGCUGCUCCGGUCUUCACCUGCACCAUCAUCAUCGGUCUGGCCUUGGAUUACGACGUUUUCCUCUUCGCGCGCGUGGUGGAGCUCCGAAAGAAGGGCUACAGUAACCCCGCGGCGGUGCGGGGCGGACUCACGCUCACCGGGCCCACAAUCACAGCGGCGGGGCUCAUCAUGGCGAUUGCCUUCGGGGGGCUGUUGCUUAGUGAUGUGCCCAGCAACAAUCAGAUCGGCUUUGUGAUGGCCUUUGGAGUCUUGAUGGACACCUUUGUGAUUCGCACGUGUUUGGUGCCUUCAGUCCUCACCUUGGCCGCCUCGCUGAACUACUGGCCACAGCAGAUGCCGGAGCCAGGUCCACUUGAAGUGGAGAUGCUCCAACACUCCGAGCAAAGCGUGAACGCUCGGCUGACUCAGUUGGCACAGGAGCUGUGGCCGGACCGUUCGCAACUUUGGGCCUUGAUCCUGGAUGCCCCGUCCCUCUCCUCCAGCCGAGCGCUGUCCGCUGACGGCUUCGGCUUCCGCCCGGAGCGGAUCGUGGUGCCCAACGACGCGGAGCUGCCGGACACUGCGUGGCCGAAGAAAGGGGCGACCAUUUUGAAAGGCCUCAGCCUGAGCCGAUUCCUUAAGGAACAGCGUGGCGGACGCUAUGGGCCAUUUCACUGCAUCUACUUGGACUACACCGUUUGUUUGGAUGGCAGCUGGAAAGCAUCGCAAGAGUUGGAAGAUCCCUUCCAGGACUUGGAGACGGCACAGAUGGAUUCUUCGAGCCCCUUCGAGGAUUUGGAGAGUCUUUUUGAUGGGCAUUUGGCUGAGGGAGACCUGCUACUGGCGGUGACCUUGGCACAGCUCAAAUCUCCCCAGCGCCGCGUGCGCAGCAGCACCCUGACAGCAAGCACGGUGGAGGUGCCCCACCAGUGGCAGCGGCUGCGUUUGCUUCUGGGCGCCUUGUCCUUGAAGUACCGCGCGCGCCACGAGUCCUGCUGUGUGUCGCUGGAGCAUCGCGAGCUCCGAAACGUCUCCACCGAGCUCUUUCUGCUGGGCAGCAGCGUGCGGCUGAAGCAGCUGCUGGAGAAGGAGCUUGAACGAGUCCGACUGUGA